AUGAAUACUUUUUCAUUGUUUUCAAUUUCUUCAUUGAUUCUUUCUUUCUUUCUUUCAUUCGUUCUUUCUUUCUUUUUUCCUUUUUCUUUCUUUCUUUCAUUCGUUCUUUCUUUCUUUUUUUCUUUUUCUUUAUUUCUUUCAUUCGUUCUUUCUUUCUUUUUUUCUUUUUUCUUUCUUUCAUUCCUUCUUUCUUUCUUUCUUUCUUACCACAUGAAUGUUUUUAUAUUUUUAAAUUUCUUCAUUGAUUCUUUCUUUUUUUCUUUUUUCUUUAUUUCAUUCCUUCUUUCUUUCUUUCUUUCUUUCUUUCUUUCUUUCUUUCUUUCUUUCUUGCCGCAUGAAUGUUUGUAUAUUUUUAAAAAUUUCCUCAUUGAUUCGUUCUUUCUUUCUUUUUUCUUCCUUUUUUCUUUCUUUCAUUCUUUCUUUCUUUCUUUCUUAUCGCAUGAAUGCUUUUUCAUUGUUUUCAAUUUCUUCAUUGAUUCAUUCUUCUUUCUUUCUUUCUUUCUUUCUUUCUUUCUUUCUUACCCCAUGAAUGGUUUUAUUUUUUAA